GACAACAAACUGGAAAACUUUGAAAUAACGCCAUGUCAACAAAAGAAACUCUUUGAAAUCACUUACAAAUCAGUGGAGAAGGAUGUACGAAGAAUCGUGAACGAGAAAGAUGUCGUAGAACUUUACGGUAAUACCAACUGGAACCAACUACAUCUUGCCAUUAAGGAAGUGCUUAUUGACUUACACUUUCGCGGAGAUUACACGCCAGCAACACGGAAGAUAAUACAACAGGCAGUCGCUGAUAAUAAGUUUGGAAAAUUCUUCGACCUUAUGAUAGACCGAAAGAACUGGAAGAACGUUCCGAAAGAUAGGUUUGAGAGACGUGUUGCAUAUCUACUAUUUCAGUAG